CAAAAAACAGAGACUCACUAUAAAACGGACACAGACCAAAAAAGGAUUAAAAAAAAAUUAAUCUACACGAAGAAGAAGGAAACUAAAAGCAGAAUACCUAAUCAAACCCUAGCUAAUUGAUUUGGAUUAAAAUCAUAACCAUCAUAUAUGUAUGUAUGUGUGCGCAUCAUCUAUGUGUAAAGGAACAUAGAAUGGAAACGAAGAAGACAUGGAGUACAUGGGAAGAACUAUUGUUAGCGUUUGCUGUGAAACGACAUGGUUUCAAAGACUGGGAAUCUGUAGCUAUGGAACUCCAAACACGUAGCUCUUUACCCGCUCAAUUGACCCCUCAAAUUUGUAAGGAUAAAUACCGUGAACUCCGGCGCCGCUUCAUCAACAGUUAUGAUGAUGAAAAAGAGGAUGAUGUUGAUGCUAAUGGAGAUGUAACGAUUCCUUGGAUUGAGGACUUGAGAAAACUCCGUGUUGCUGAGCUUAAACAAGAGCUUCAACGCUACGAUCUUUCGAUCCAGUCGUUGCAGUUGAAAGUGAAGAAGAUGGAGGAAGAGAGAGAAGAGAGUUUGAAAGAGGAGAGUUUGAAACCAGAUCUGGAGGAUUUGAAGGAAGAGAGAUCGCAAAACGACAAAAACAGCGCUGCCCAUGUCAAGCCGGCGAGUUCCAUCGGAAAGACCGACUCAGACAGGGAAAACCGGUCGUUUAACGAGUCAAAUUCCACGGACAACAGAGAAACCGGUGUUAAAAACGAACCGGAACCGGUCGAAGAUAAACCGGUUCAGCAAGUCAUUAAACCGGUGAGUCAAGAGGACUCGUCGUAUAACGGUAGUAGUUCAGAUAGACAUGAGGAGGAAAAGAAAACCCGACCCGACACGGCGAGCGGGUCCAAGGAAGAGACCAAGGAAAACAGUGACGUGCAGAGCACGGCCACUUUAACGAAGAGAAAACGCCAGCGUGGCGGUGGAGAUGCUGCUGAGAUGGGUGCUUCUCCGGCCUUUGGGAUUAAAGCGGCCAAAUCAGAGCCGUUAAUUGAGUUUUUAGAUAUAAUCAGGUCGAAUAAGCGCGGCUCUGUGUUCCAGCGCCGGCUAGAUAGCCAGAAAACGGACAAGUACAAGAGUAUGAUCCGACAACAUAUGGAUCUUGAAACGGUUCAAGCCCGGAUAGACGACGGGUCAUAUUGCUCUUGCUCCGGCAAAUUCUACUUGGACCUGUUACUCAUCUUCAACAAUGCUAUCGUCUACUUCCCCAAGUCAUCCCCAGAGUCAACUGCAGCUCAUGAACUUCGUGGCGUUGUCAUGGAAGAAUUAAAGAAGACCAGAACCCAAUCAAAGGAUCCGACACCCAGACCUAGGUCUGGACUCGGACCACCCUUAACGAUCCAACCCAAGCCUGAAUUGGAGAGAUCCGAUUCUUUGCUUGCAAAACACAAGUCAACAGUUCCUAUAGCAGUCUGCCGCAAGAGGAGCUCCAUUUCAGCUAAAGCAGCAGCUUCUGGUAAUGACAAGCCAGAAAAACAAGCUGAUAAUAAACCUCCGAAGCCACCCAUAAAGUCCUCGUCGAAUGAAGAAGACAGUUCAAUCAAGCUUGGUAUGAAAGAAAAGCCUGUGACUGGGGUAAGAAGUAUGAGGAGGAGCAGUAAAGGCCGUCCGAAUAGUAAUGCUUCACAAUCCAUCAACAACCAAAGCACAAAUACUAAGCAAACAAAUGGCAACGUGGACAAAAAGGAAGAAGCGAAACCGGAGAAGAAGAAAGAAGAAGCUAAAAAGCGAGGAGCUGCAGCGGACUUCUUGAAGAGAAUAAAGAAGAAUUCUCCUACGAAAGGAACGUUGGUGGAGGCGCUAAAGAAUAAUCCUACGGAGGAUGCUGUUGUUAAAGGUAACAAAAGAGAGCAGCAAAAGAAAAAGGUUGAUGAACGGAGAGAAGCUCCGGUGAGGCGAAGCGGCGGUGGCAGCGGCAAGGAGGAAGGUAGUCCGUCGAAGAGGAGCGUAGGUCGACCACCAAAGAGAGGUGGUAGAGAAGUUGUGCAGGAAAAGCGUGUAAGGGAAAAUAAUGAAAAGGAUGAUUCUUCCAAACGGCCAAAGAAACGGUCAAGGAGGUAAAAUUAUCAUGAAUCAAACUGCUGAUGUUAGUUUAGUCUCAUUUUGCAUUGUAUAUCUCACAUUUUGUAUUUUUAGUGUUAGGUUUUGAUUUUCGGAUUAGUUUACAUCUUUUGCUUCUGUAACAUGUUAUUGGCAUUUGUACCUUUCCCUUGUUACAGUGAAUGUCUUUUCUCAAUCAGUUUAUGCUAA